AUGUCGAAUGCCCUUUGGGCGUUGUGGCCUGCAUCCCUAGUAGCAUGCCUGGCUUGCUGCCAGCAGCUGGGUUCCUUCCAUGCGUAUGGGAAGCACAGCCAGCUGCAAGUUGCGGCGGCCAUCGCCUGCAGCUUGAUCCUAGCGACUUGGGCUCUGGCCGAGGCAGGCGGCUAUUUUCGCCGACAUCGCGGUCACAGCUAUGAGCUUGCAACAACUGAAGACCCGGACCCGGUGAUAUUCGGCGCGAAGAUCGCGAACUCCGAGCUGGAGAGUCAGGCUGGCCACUCCACCAAUGUCUGCGAAGCCACCAAGGCGGAGGAGCUGUCACCCUCCUUGAGCGAAAGGGCACAAGCCUGGCUGUGUCAGAACAUUGCUGCUUGGAGGGCAGGGGCCGAGCUGUGCGUAUUGCUGGGCCUUUUGUACGUUUGCGACCGGACCAGCCUUUUGCCGGAUGGUCCAAAGAUGCGCGACCCGCGGCAAUUUUGGACGCUCUGGGCUUUGAUCGUCGUUGCUGCGUGCUUCACAGCCAGAAAAGGAGAUGAUAAAGCUCCGCUUUCUCGGGAUCAGACGGACGAGUGGAAAGGAUGGAUGCAGAUCAUGUUCUUGAUGUACCACUAUUUCGAGGAAAAAGAGGUGUACAACGCCAUUCGAGUGUACAUUGCAGCAUAUGUGUGGAUGACAGGAUAUGGCAAUUUCCACCUGUACCGGAAAGGUAAAAGCUUUACAUUGCGACGCACUGCCCAAAUGAUGUUUCGUUUGAACUUUCUUGGCUUCGUGGCGUGCGUCGUUCUUCGCAAUGAAUACAUGCUGUAUUAUAUUUGUGCGAUGCAUACCUUAUUUACAGUUUUUGUACUUGCGGCAAUGUUCAUCGGGCACACCUUGAACUCUUCCUACUCUGUGCUAUGGGUCAAGAUUGGAGCGACGCUGGCUGUGACAGCGCUGCUCUAUGAUGGCCCAGAAUUUAUUUUCAGAUGGGUCUUUGGUACGCUGCCAGGGGUGCGGCCUCUAUUUGCAUUUCAUGACCCUUUGCAUCCUGAAUUCACAGAUGAAAUGCACGAGUUUCAUUUCCGGUCUGGCCUAGAUCGCUUUAUUUGGAUCAUUGGGAUGAUUUGCGCUCUGCACUUUCAGUAUUUUACUGCAUUCUUGGAACGCUUAGCAAGCCUUCCAACUCUGAAGCGCAUUUCAAUGCAGGCCAUGGUUUUUUUGCUGGCCUUAGUAUUGGGAUGGCUCUGGUGGAAGAACGUUUUCCAACUGGAGAAGCUCACGUACAACAAGGUGCAUCCUUACACGUCUUUCAUACCCUUGUUCAUCUACCUGCUGUUCAGAAACUUCACCGAGGGCCUGAGGCAGCGCCACCUGCAUUUGUUUGCUUGCAUGGGAAGAUACACUCUGGAGACUUACAUUCUCCAGUUCCACAUUUGGAUGAAGACGACGGGCCUCAAUGGUUCGCCCAAGCGUUUGCUGGUUGUCAUUCCAGGUUACUAUUGGCUCAACUUUGCGGUGCUUACAGUCGCGUAUGUCUUUGUGUCUGUCCGAUUUUCAAACUUGACUGGAGUUCUGCGGGAUGCUCUGAUCCCGGACAAUUUGCUUUCGAUGUGCAAAAUCUGGACCAUCUUGAUUGCCCUCGGGGGUACGUGCUGGUUAUCCUCGCUCUUAUGGAUGGGUAGUUUAGCUGACGUUGGAUGGCCCUGA